UAUCAAGCAAGUCUUUCUUGCUCUAUAUAUAAGGUUGCGUUGUUUGUCAACAAACCUUGAAUCCCACAGCUGCGCUCUUCAAUCAUCCAGGUAAGUUUCACCAUCCAAAGUUCAUGAGAGUGUAGUUAGAUUCCACAGGGCGAGUUCUCCCAAACACUUCAAUACUAUGGCUUCUUUAGUGGCACUGGACAUUGAGAAGAACACCCAGGAGGUGAGGUCUCAGUGGGUUCUCAACGCCCCUGAGCCCCCCACUGCGUGGAACAUGGUUACAGAUUCUGUGAAGAAAACCAUCUCACAGUUUCCACGGAAGCUUAGUUAUCUCAAAGAUCAACCUUGCAACACCCUCAUGUCAUUUUUGCAGGGGAUCUUUCCUAUUCUUUCUUGGGGCAGAAACUACACCGCUGCUAAAUUCAGGAAAGAUAUUCUUGCAGGUCUCACUAUUGCAAGUCUAUGUAUUCCCCAGAGCAUUGGGUAUGCGACCUUGGCACAUCUUGAUCCUCAAUAUGGCCUUUAUACAAGUGUUGUGCCACCACUUAUCUAUGCUGUAAUGGGAACAUCGAGAGAGGUAGCGGUUGGUCCAGUAGCUGUGGUUUCACUGCUGUUAUUCUCAAUGGUUCAGAAAUUAGUAGACCCUGCUGUGGAUCCAGUGGCUUAUACCAAGCUGGUUUUCCUCACCACUCUCUUUGCGGGAAUCUUUCAGACUGCUUUCGGACUCUUCAGGUUGGGGUUCCUUGUGGAUUUCCUAUCCCAUGCUGCAAUUGUUGGAUUUGUAGCUGGAGCAGCCAUUGUAAUUGGCCUUCAACAGUUUAAGGGACUGUUAGGCAUCACUCAUUUCACCACCAAAACCGACAUAAUCUCUGUUAUGAAAGCUGUUUGGGAAGCACUUCAUAAUCCUUGGCAGCCUCGUAAUUUUAUCCUUGGAAGCUCGUUCUUGAUCUUCAUCCUAACGACUAGAUUUCUGGGAAAAAAGAAGAAGAAGCUAUUUUGGUUGGCAUCAAUCGCACCUCUUGUGUCCAUUAUACUAUCAACUCUAAUUGUGUUUCUGACACGAGCUGAUAAAAGUGGAGUUAAAAUUGUGAAACACGUCAAAGGGGGAUUGAAUCCAAGCUCCCUCCAUGAGUUAGACUUCAACAAUCCUCAUGUUGGAGAAGCGGCCAAAAUUGGACUUGUCGUUGCUGUUGUUGCACUUACUGAAUCUAUUGCCGUUGGGCGAUCUUUUGCAUCCAUCAAAGGAUACCAACUAGAUGGAAACAAGGAGAUGAUGUCAAUAGGCUUCUCAAACAUCAUAGGAUCUCUCACCUCCUGCUAUGUUGCAACUGGUUCGUUUUCCCGCACUGCUGUUAAUUAUGCGGCUGGGUGUGAAACUUUAAUAUCCAACAUUGUGAUGGCCAUCACCGUUUUGAUAUCACUGCAGUUUUUUACAAAGCUCUUGUAUUACACUCCAACCGCGAUUAUUGCUUCAGUGAUUCUCUCUGCUCUACCAGGACUCAUAGACAUUCCAGAAGCAUGCAAAAUUUGGAAGGUUGAUAAGCUAGACUUUCUUGCUUGCGCUGGAGCUUUCUUUGGGGUUCUCUUUGCUUCUGUGGAGAUUGGUCUUCUAGCGGCGGUAAUGAUAUCAUUUUUAAAGAUCAUUCUCAUCUCAAUUCGACCUGACACAGAAGCUCUAGGUAAACUUCCUGGGACUUCUUUGUUCUGUGAUGUCUAUCAGUAUCCUAUGGCUGUUCAGAUUCCAGGGGUUGUUGUAAUACGUGUCAAGUCUGCGUUGCUUUGCUUUGCUAAUGCCAAUUUCGUUAGAGAAAGGAUCAUGAAAUGGGUCACUCAGGAAGAGUCCAAAGAUGACAAGGGAAAUUCAACAAAUACCAUUCAACUCGUCAUUCUGGAAACCUCAAAUUUGGUAGACAUUGACACCUCCGGAAUUGCUUCCCUAGAAGAAAUGCAGAAGGUGUUGAUCUCAAAUGGGAAACAGUUAGCCAUUGCAAACCCUAGGUGGCAAGUGAUUCACAAGCUAAAAGUGUCCAACUUUGUCAGCAAAAUUGGAGGCAGAAUAUAUCUGACUGUUGAAGAAGCUAUUGGCUACAAGAGUGAGUUCUAAGUUGGAUGGCUACUAGAUAAUUGAUCUCUUUAUUGCCAUUUUCUCCAUACAUAAGGAGAUAUGUACAUAUGGCAAAAUAAUAAUAAUAAAAACAUCUAACUGUUAUUUGUAUCUUUAAAAAAUCAUAACAGUAUGAUCGAUGCUUGCUUGUGUGUUGGAUUUCAUGUCCCACAUUGCAUUAAGCAAAGAGUGGGAUAUUAGAAUAAGUCCUCUUGUAAUUGUUAGUUGUGCAGGUUUCAGACAAUUUGUGUGCUUAAUAAAACAGCAAUUUGUUGUGGAGUGUGAAAACAAAUUUGAAA